AUGGCCUCCGCUUCCCCUCAUCGCUAUUUUGCCGAACCUGCUGCACCACUACUCGCCCAUUCCCUCGUUUCCCACGCAGGGGAAACACUACAGUCGGGGCAGGAUCCUCGACCCCACGGCACCAAGGCCUGGAACCUGAAAGACGACAUCAAGACCGGCUUCCGGGACAGCAACGAUGGCGUCUUUCAAACCGGAAUCGUGAUCGGUUUCUCCAAGCUGAGAAGCACGGAUAAGGACAGCCAUGAGGAUGUGGAUGUCGGACAGGUAUCCUUCAUCAUCCACCCCCUGACCUCCCCCCUCUUCACUCCCCAACGCCUCCUCUCCUCCCUCCUCACCACUACAUCCACCAACACAAGCACAAGCAAAACCCCCCUCACCCGCCCCCAAGCAAUCUUCCUCCUCGACUCCGUCCACCUCUACCCCAUCACCGACCUCCCCGGCGCCACGGCAGCCAUAUCCCAAAUCUCCCAGGCCCUCGCCCUCUCCCUCACCUCCCCAACCAACCCCUCCAACCCUUCCAACCCGCCUAACCCCAAUGUCAACCCUCACUCCAAUCCCCACAAAACCCUCCUCCUCCUAACCGGCCUCGACACCCUCACCGAAUCCAGCAUCCGAUCCUCCAACGCCCUCCGCGGCGCAGCCCUCCUCUCCGCCCUCCUCCGCACUCUCACCCAACUAUCCCGCUCCCAUGCGGACUGGCUAUCCGUGCUGGUGGUUAAUGGGACGAGUGCGGUGGGGGCGUACUCUCCGUCUUCGUCGGGUGGUGGGGAUGGGAGUGCGAGUGCGAGUGCGAGGAUGGGUGGUGGUGAUGGCGGCAUUCAGUCUGCUUUUCGGGCAGGGGCGCUGUUUCCGAGUUUGUUGUUGAGGACGUUGGAUGGGGGGUGGAUCGGCAUUUGGUUGUUGGGGGGGAGUUGGGGAGAGGGAGAGGGAGAGGCAGAGGGAGAUGGGUAG